AGAGUCAAGGUUGUGGAAGAGCAAAGCGAGGUAAGAGGAGGAAAAGAGUGAAGGAGAGAAAGCAGAGGAUGAAACCUGGAACAGUCGUUUUCUCCUGUGAAGGCUGAGGACCAGAAACACAACACAACAUUCUGUGAAGACACUUUAGUUGUUUUCUCCGGUUUAUUCUGAGGCUUAAGGAGAUUGUGUGGUAGCGGUGGAGGCCAUCUGGCUGAAGCUUUAGCAGGAUUUUGUGCUGUGAGCCACCUGCACGGGUCUCAACCUGAGUUAUUGCUGCUGCAGGACGUGAGACUGUGUGUGUGUUCUGAGCUCGUCCUGUCAGAAGCAACACAACGUGAACCAAGGAGAAAACCAUUACACAUCCACUCAUCACCUGUCAAUCAAAUAGAGGUGUGGUGGUUGCUGCCACCGGUCCCGAGAGAGAAAGAGAGAGAGAGAGAGAGAGAGAGAGAGAGAGAGCUCAUCAUGAAUUCUCUGUUGAGAGUGAAGAAGUCACUGAGGACGCCCAUCAGGAAGGUGACCAGCUGUGUGUCGGGGGUGAAGCAAGAGAAGUUGUGUGCCAAACCAAGGGACAGGAGGGGAAGAGGGGGUGGGGGAGGCAGACGAGGGUGCAGGAGGUCGGGUAAGACCCCCCCACUCCGAACUGCACCUCCCAAAGACCACACAGUCAUCUGCUCGUACCAGGCCAACCUGGAGAAGGAGAGGCAACAGCGGGAGGCGCUGAACGCUCAGAAGAACGCAGAGAGAGCCGCUUUGAGGAAUCACUACAGGAGAAAAUACCAGCUGUCCAAGAGCCCGAAGGACGUGAGCCACCUGAGGUCUGUGGGAGGGAAAGUGUCGCUCCCCCGCGGGCUGUCGAAGAUCAUUUAUCCUGAAACCAAAGCCAAGGAUGACGGCUUCAACCUGCUGAGCGCCUUUCAAGGCCUCAGUUUCAACACAGUGCGGCUCAGAGGGAGGAAGCACAGCAAGGCGUCCACUCCUACAUCAACCACUGGGGACUCCUGUAAUGUCAUGUGAUCCAUAUGUGAUCAGAGGGGCGAUUACUUCACAACCUUGGGAUUGAUUUUGUUGUUUGAACAAAUAUCAAGGAAACAGCAGGAGAAGAUAAUCUCAUCUGUAGCGGCAGCUCAAACACAAACUGUGCUUUUACAUCUUACAUCAGCGGUCAGACGAUCAUUAAGUCAGAAUCUGCUGUCAUUGCAAAACCAUUUCAUUUCUUUGGUUCUUUAUAUGUUUGUUGUUUAUGUAGCAAAAAUGAUGCGCAACUUCCAGGUCAAUAAUGAUGCUUCUUUCUAAUGACUAACUUAUCAUUUCACUAGUAAGCUAUAUUCUUUUUACGAGUAAUAUCGUUUAGAGACAAUUCACUUUACUUCCGCUAUUCAUCCAAUGUCCAUACCACUUAUCCUUUAAGGUUCGGGUGGUUUGAGUUCAACCCAGCUGCUGUUGUGUCAGAGGCAGGGUUCAAGUCUCCAGCCAAUCAAUCAUCAACCCACAGAAACACAUGGAGAACAUGCUAACUCCUCACAGGAAGGCCCCCCCCCGGCUGAAGCAGGAAUUGAACCAAGCACCUUUUUGCUGUGAGGGGAAAGAGCAGAACAUACGCCCCAAUACACCAUAAUGUAUUUGUACACACAUAUAGACCUUACAAUAUCAUAUAGAACCCAACAAACCCACAACGAGAUAACAGAUAUUUAAUUUACAAAACAGUAAAAAACUGUUGAAAUAUACAUGGUUAUUAUUGUUAAUUAAUAAACACAUCAAAUUGUAUUUAUAGCUGCAUACAACUACUUAGUGUGUUCAUGAUAAUGGAUGAUGAUGAACUGAUGAACUGAUGAUUUAAAAUUUAGUUUUUACAUGAUCUUUUAAGGUUUGAUCAUGUUCUCAUCCCAUUUAUAAUGUAAAUUUGUAGGUCUUUUCAUAAGUAAUCAUAUCAUAAUGUUGUAUUUACAUAAUAGGUCGGCCAGUGGAUGGUAGUUGAUUGAUAAUAGAAAUGAAUGUAGCUAGUUUCUACUCACAGGGCUGUUGCAGCUGUAAAUGACAAAGAUACAACUGAUCUAUUCACAAGUUAGGAACCUCAGGGCGACACAUGCACUUUUCAACACACAUUCACACAAGUAAUGAAGCAACACUUAAUAUACUUUUUGUAUUUGUGAGAAAAUGUUUAAAAAUGUGUUUUUCUGCUGUUUCUUUGUUGAUCGUCUAAGAGUUGGGUUACGUCCACAUGUGUGAGUUAAAAAUCACAUCUGUAACGUGUCUGAGCCAAAUGUGAAGCUUUUAAUUUCUUGUAAUGACAAACUUGUUUGCAUGGAAAUAUUGUGUAAAUAGUCUGAAGCUGCGUAGAUACAGAAUUUUAUACAACAUAAAGCAGAAAUCUGAAAACAA